UCUUUCCAACCCAUUUCUAUGCAAACUUGCUUAAGCAUUUUAUUCUUGAACUUAGGAUAAUUCUUCAUGGGAAGAAGCUCUUGUAGGUCCAGCUUCCCUUGAUUCUCGAGUUCUCGGAGUUUAAUGAAGAGUAGUUUAUCUUUGCUUCUACUCCAUCUUGAAAGUUUUGGUUUACUUCUAGAACUUUGGUGAUUUUUUCCAUGCUGCUGGCUUUGUUCAUCUUCUAAAAUUUCAGGUGUUCUAAGGCUUCCAUCAUUAUGUUGGCUUUCAUGUAUCGAAUUGAGUUCUUCAUGAAUAGAAGAUAGUAAAGCAAUACUUAGGGGAUGAGCAUCAUUAGUCUUAGAUAAGUUUAGUUCAGGUGAUAUUUCAUACUUUUGAGUUUCUUCCAUUUCAUUUCCUAUUAGCUCUUCACUUUCUAUAUUUCUGGAAUAAGAUUCUUGAUCUUGGUCCUCGCAUUGCAACUGUUCUUCCCACCAAUUGAACUCUAUGGCAAAGGUCAGUAUCAUGAUUAUUUAUUA